GGAAGAAAAGAAAAGCUUAUUUGAUCUCAUGAUAAAGAAAUGGAUCAACACAGGGAUCAAUUCAUGCUUGAUGAGGAUGAUUAUGAACUCCUCCAGGAAAGCAAUAUAUCUGUCAAUCGUUCAAAGCUCGAAAGUAAGAAGUUUAAGAGACUGAAGAAGGCUAGGGGGGAUGCAGAAGAAGGGCCUUCCUGGUUUACCGAUGAAGAAGAAUUUGAUAGAAGUGGGAAGGGUGGGCGUACUGCAGAGGAGAAGCUCAAGCGUAGUUUGUUUGGUGAUGAUGAUGGGCAACCUCUUGAGGAUAUUGCAGAGGAGGAUGAACAGCUUGAAGAAGAAGAUGAUGCAGACAUUGGUGAGGAGGAUGAGAUGGCUGAUUUCAUUGUUGAUGAAGAAGAAGUUGAUGAGCAUGGAACCCCUGUUAGGAGAAAGAAACCUAAGAAAAACAGACAGCACCCAGGGAUUUCCUCAUCUGCACUCCAGGAAGCACAUGAAAUUUUUGGUGAUGUUGAAGAUCUCCUGAGGCUUCGCAAGAUAGAUGUGCGAGACAUGUUUGGUGAAACUAGUGAAAGGAGUCUUGAAGAUCAGUUUGAUCCUAGUGUGCUUUCUGAAAAGUACAUGACAAAAAAGGAUGAUCAAAUACGGGAAAUCGAUAUUCCUGAAAGAAUGCAGAUAUCUAAGGAAAGUACAGGCCACCCCCCAACAGAUGAGUUCAGUGUCAAAAUGGAGACUGAGUGGAUUUACGAUCAACUUGUCAGUGGUAUGGUACCUUUGUUCAACAGGAGUGGUACUACAAAUGAAGAAGUGGAUGAUGAGCUGAAGCGGCAUAUAGCUAGAUUCUUGGAGUUGAUUCACAUUCAGAAUUUAGACGUCCCGUUCAUUGCUAUGUACAGGAAAGAGGAAAUAUUAAGCCUUCUAAAGGAUCCAACUGAUCACGAAUCUAGCAUUGAAAAUGAUAUGAAUCAAAAGCCUACGCUGAAGUGGCACAAGGUACUUUGGGCAAUUCAGGACUUGGAUCAGAAGUGGCUUCUUCUUUUGAAAAGAAAAAAUGCUCUACAGUCAUACUAUACUAAGCAAUUUGAAGAAGAGAGACGGAGAGUGUAUGAUGAGACAUGCCUAAGAUUAAAUGAACAGCUGUUUCAGUCAAUCACUAAGUCACUCGAAGCUGCUGAUUCGGAAAGAGAAGUGGAUGAUGUACGCUCAAAAUUUAAUUUGCAUUCCCCUCCGGGCGAAGUUGUCCUAGACGAAGGCCAGUUUAAAAGACCAAAGAGAAAAUCACAUUACAGCAUUUGUAGUAAAGCUGGACUGUGGGAGGUUGCAAGCAAAUUUGGUUACAGUUCUGAGCAAUUUGGUUUGCAGAUAUCUCUGGAGAAAAUGAGAAUGGAUGAAUUGGAGGAUGCUAAGGAAACACCAGAGGAAAUGGCUUCUAAUUUCACCUGUGCAAUGUUUGAGAUACCUCAAGCGGUAUUGAAAGGCGCAAGGCACAUGGCGGCGGUUGAAAUUAGCUGUGAACCAUGUGUUAGGAGACAUGUGCGCAGUAUCUUUAUGGACAACGCUGUAGUGUCAACUAGUCCUAUUCCUGAGGGAAACACAGCUAUUGAUUCUUUUCACCAGUUUUAUGGAGUAAAGUGGUUGAAGGACAAACCACUUAAUAGAUUUGAGGAUGCUCAGUGGCUUUUGAUUCAGAAAGCUGAAGAGGAGCUCUUGCAAGUUACUAUAAAGCUGCCUGAAGUAGUCCUUGAUAAGUUGAUAAGUGUCUCAUAUGAUUAUUAUUUGAGUGAUGGUGUAAGUAAAUCUGCUCAGUUAUGGAAUGAGCAGAGGAAACUGAUUCUUAAUGAUGCAUUUAGCAAUUUUCUUCUUCCUUUAAUGGAAAAAGAAGCAAGAUCACUGCUGACAAGUAGAGCAAAAUCAUGGCUACUACUAGAUUAUGGGAGGCUAUUGUGGGAAAAAGUAUCUGUUGCACCAUACCAACGGAAAGAGAAUGAUGUCAGUUCUGAUGAAGAAACUGCACCCAGGGUUAUGGCUUGCUGUUGGGGCCCUGGAAAGCCAGCAACUACCUUUGUGAUGUUGGAUUCAUCUGGAGAAGUUUUGGAUGUAUUGCAUGCUGGUUCCCUCAGCAUUCAUGGUCAAAGUGUCAAUGAACAGCAACGUAAAAGAAAUGAUCAGCAGAGAGUGCAAAAUUUUAUGAUGGACCAUCAACCACAUAUUGUAGUUUUAGGAGCAAAGAAUUUGUCUUGUACGCAGUUGAAGGAGGACAUUUAUGAGAUAAUAUUCAAGAUGGUGGAAGAUAAUCCUUGUGAUGUUGGUCAUGAGAUGGAUAAUCUGAAUAUUGUCUUUGGCGAUGAAUCUUUACCGCACCUGUAUGAAAAUUCUCGUAUCUCAGUUGAUCAGCUUCCUUCACAAGAAGGUAUCAUUAGACGUGCUGUGGGUCUUGGACGUCAUCUUCAGAAUCCAUUAGCAAUGGCUGCCACAUUAUGUGGGCCGGGUAAAGAGAUAUUAUCUUGGAAGCUUAACCCUUUGGAGAACUUUCUUACUCCUGAUGAGAAGUAUGGAAUGGUUGAACAAGUGAUGGUAGAUGUAACAAACCAGGUGGGCCUUGAUAUUAAUUUGGCUGCCAGUCAUGAAUGGUUAUUUGCUCCUCUACAAUUUAUUUCUGGUCUAGGACCCAGAAAAGCAGCUUCUCUCCAGAGGUCCCUAGUAAGAGCAGGUGCCAUCUUCACUAGGAAAGACCUGCAGCAAUCUCAUGGGCUUGGCAAAAAGGUUUUUAUCAAUGCUGUUGGGUUCCUCCGAGUGCGACGUAGCGGAUUGACUUCCAGUAGUAGUCAAUUUAUUGAUCUGUUAGAUGACACCAGAAUUCAUCCAGAAUCAUACUCCCUCUUGGGACGGAGGGAGUAUAUUCUUGCACAAGAUCUGGCCAAGGAUAUUUAUCGGGAGGAUAGGAAUGAUGAUGCCAAUGACGACGACGAUGUCCUGGAAAUGGCGAUCGAGCAUGUCAGGGAGAAGCCACAUUUACUAAGAGCUGUAGAUGUUCAUGAACAUGCUGAGCAGAAAAAUCAUCUGAACAAGAAAGAAACCUUCAAUGAUAUUAGAUUGGAAUUAAUGCGUGAAUUGAUGGAAGGUUUUCAGGAUCGUCGCAGACCCUUUGUAGAACCAAGUCAGGAUGAAGAGUUUGACAUGAUCACUGGAGAGACCGAAGAGAAACUACUCUCCGAACGAAGAAUUGUGCAGGUUGAAAAGGUUCAGGGCCAGAAAGCAAUUUGCGUCCUUGAAUCUGGAAUAGCUGGCAUUCUCAGUAAGGAGGAUUACAUGGAUGAGUGGUGGGAUAUGAAUAAUUUAUAUGAGAAGCUGCGUAAGGGUGAUUUUUUGACUUGCAGGAUUAAAUCAAUUCAGAAAAAUAGCUAUCAGGUGUUUUUAACUUGUAGAGAAAGUGAAAUGAGGAGUAAUCGUUACAGGAGUCACAGAAUGACAGAGCCUUACUAUCAUGAAGAACACUGUACUCUGCAAACUGUUCAGGAAAAAGCUCGCAAAGAGAAGGAACUUGCAAAGAAGCAUUUCCUGCCGAGAGUGAUCAUUUACCCACGCUUCCAAAAUAUAACGUCUGAUGCUGCGAUAGAGUUUUUGUCCGACAAGGAUCCCGGUGAAUGUGUCAUAUGCCCUAGUUCUGGUGGGCCAUCAUUUUUGACACUGACUCUGAAAGUUUAUGAUGGGGUAUAUGCUAACAAGGACAUUGUAGAAGGUGGAAAAGAGCACAAGGAUAUAUUGAGCUUGGUUCGGAUCGGGAAAACACUGAAAAUCGGAGAGGAUACAUUUGAAGAUCUUGAUGAGGUAAUGGAUCGUUAUGUAGAUCCACUGGUAGCUCAUUUGAAGUCGAUGCUUAAUUACCGAAAGUUCAGGCGGGGUACUAAAACUGAAGUUGAUGAGCUCCUCAGAAUUGAAAAGGCUGAGAAUCCUAUGAGAAUUGUAUAUUGCUUUGGAAUAUUUCACGAGCAUCCUGGCACAUUCAUCUUGACGUAUAUACGGAGUUCUAAUCCUCACCACGAGUACAUAGAUCUCUAUCCAAAGGGAUUUAAGUUCCGGAAAUGA